AAUACUGCGACGAGUUGGCUUGGCAACGAACUUCCCAUACACUUUCUCUCUCAUCUUUACUAAGAGUACUUUUGUAAAACUACCAGACUCCCGAGUUAAAAAAUAUGAUAGAUCAUGCUUUAAGUUCUUUGGGUGCUCAGGUUGUCUUGGCUACGUCCUGUGAUGAAAAGCAUCCUCCAGAAAACAUUAUUGACGGGAACAUUGAAACAUUUUGGAUUUCUACUGGAAUGUUUCCUCAAGAGUUCAUCAUUCGCUUUGCUGAAUCUAUGAAGAUUUCCCUUGUGACACUGCACUCUUAUAACGUGAAGACUCUUAAAAUUGAGAAGAGCAUCUCAGAUGAUGCCACUGACUUUGAGCCUAUUUCAGAAAAACAAUUAGAACACAUCGAGGGGCAUCUUCAAACGACUGAUAUUCCACUGAAUGGAUUGACUGUAACACACCUACGCUUCAUUGUGACCUCUGGAUUUGACCAUUUUGUUUCAGUACAUAGGAUCAGUAUUGAGUGAUGAUAUUUAUAAUACAUUUUCAUUAUGUACAUUUUCUAAUGUCUGCCUAAAUCUAAUGUUUUCCAGCAUAUAUUUCAAAUUUAUUAUUCUGUUUGCCAAAUUUAAAUAGUAACAAAUCAAUUAUCUGAGCAUAAGUGACAUAUUGUGGAAGUGAUUUAUAUAGACAUAGGUAGCAUCAUAAGAAUAAAGACAUGUUUAUUAUAGACAGUUCACAUGUACACUCGUGGAAACGUAAGUACAACCCCUUGAAAGUUAUCUUUGUUUGAAAAGAUUUGGACACAAAGAUAGUUGAGCUAAAUUCCAAACACGUUAAUGGGAAAGGUAACCCAAUCAAGAAAAUUACAAUCAAUGUUGAAGUGCAAUGUAAAAGUAUAAGAGUCAAGGGAGUGGAAAAAAAAUCCGAAAACCAGAAGCUGCAGUGAAUGUAUUAUAAGAAAUGUUCAGGAGAGUCUGUAGAUUGAAAAUAAGUUAGAAAAUCAAGGGCCACUGUGUAUUUGCAAUUGUUGACUGUAUAGAGAGAUGCAUGUAUGACUGUAUAGAGUGAUUGAAUCUACAGACUCUCCUGAACAUUUUCUACAAUACAUUCACUGCGGCUUAUGGAAUAGUUUUUUAUGUAUAGGGCAAUAUGUAUUUCAUAUCCGUGGAGUUACAUUGUGGCCAAUGGUAUGGGCAGAGUAAAAUGCCAGCAACAAUUGCAAAUACACAGUGCCCCUUGAUUAUGUGGCAUAUAGUCACUCUAUAGAUUCUCCUGAACAUUUCCUACUAUACAUUCACUGCGGUGUAUAUGAUAGUAUUUUUCUGUAUGAGUCAAUGUGUAUUUCAUAUCCAUUGAGGUACAUUGUGGCCAAUGGGAUGGGCGGAGUAAAAUGGCAGUAUCAAUUGCAAAUACAAAGUGCCCCUUGAUUUCUUUGCAUAUAUUCAAUCUAUAGACUCUCCUGAACAUUUCCUACAAUACAUUCAC